GUUCUGCUAGAUCUUGCAGUUCUGGUCGAGGCGGUAAAGGGCUGUUGUAGUUUGAAUUGAGUAACGUUUAGUUAGCUGGUUAGUCAGUCAUAUGAAGCGUACUUGAUAAAAUGAGGUGCUUUAUAACAAAAAAUGUUAUGUUAUAAAAUGUCUUCCUGGAGUAAAUAUACAAAGUCAGAUCGCUUCACACGAGGGUUAAUCUGUAAUUUAAAGUAGUCUGUUAGCUCCGACUUCCCGCUCUUAGUCCCCCAUAAUGCUGCUAUGGGACAGCGCAAACUGUUUUACGAGCCCUCGAUGAAGCGGAGCGUCGUUCGAGCAGCUACCGUUUGUCGACUGGACGUAGGUGGCGUUGUGAAGGAGGCCAGCCAUCCCUGGGACGCACUCUCUUCUUCACGGUACCUGGUGGGACAUGGUGUCAAGCGUAAGCUGAGCUGCACAGAGGAAGCCCUGUGCUUGCCGUACCCUCAGCAGCGACAGCUUGUGCUGGAUCUCUGUCUGGACAAGCUACAGAGUGUCCACACACAUGCAGAGCCCAGCCUGCAUCGAUCUGUGCUGCUGGCCAACACGCUCCGGCAGAUUCAGGAGGAGAUGCAGCAGGAGAAUGGAGAUUCUCCCAGUCUCACACCUUCCUGUGUGCUUCAAGAGGAAGGAUCUGUUCCUGAGGAUGCGGCAGACUCGCUUUUUGGUUCCUUUGAGAUUACAAACUCCACCAGCUAUUUGACAGACUUGGCAUUAGAUGACAUCUUUGAAGACAUUGAUACAUCCAUGUAUGACACGGCAGAUACCUGUGCCCUGGUCUUCCCCUCAACUUGGGGAUUGGGAUCCCAGUCGUCAGUGCUGGAUGACGGCCUCAAGGUCUUAUCUAGUUGCACCCCAGCUAGUGCCCUCCAGCUCUGCUUUUCAGACCUCAGUGACCUGGACCACAUCAUGGAGAUCCUGGUCCAGUCCUGAAUUCUAUGGAUUGCAAUGUGGGUGUUCCUCUUGUUUUUUUGCCAUUUUUUUAAAUUAAAAACAGAAUUGCUGUUUUUAGAACUGAAUGAUUAUAUUUUUUUCUAUGAAAUGCUCUAAUAUAUUUAUAUAAAGGAUAUUAUGCCUGACACCUACUGUAGAAUGAUGCACGUUUUAGGCCAGAGAAUCAGUGUUACUGCUGACUGGCAUUCAGAAGGUUUACCUCAGGCUCCUUAAGCUUUCUGCCAUUUAAGCAGAGGAGCAGCCAUGCUUCUAUAUACAGAAACGAGCAGCUUAUUUCUGUGAAGACAUUCAGGACAUGUCUCAAAAAUUUCAGUGUGUCUCUAAAUGGUUCCAUGUGUCCUGUUGGGCUUCAGUUAGUGAGGUGGACUUCGGCACGUACACUCAGUUUACUCUACCUCUUCUCAUGUCACAAGGAGCUAUCUAUGCCUUUGUAGCCCACUUUGUGCAAUCUCCACAGUUGUCAUGCCUUCAGUGCUUGCAGUGGACUGGUGUUUGUGUCUUAGAGGAAGACAAGCCCCUGCAAAUAUCACUUUGGUUUGUGUGCAAUUAAUACAAUUUUCUUGUCACUCGUGAAACGUUUACAGUUUCUGUAAUUGCCCAGAGAGCAACAUUGUGCCUAUUACACAGAAAGCUGAUGCAAUGGGAUCAAAUUCUGAACUAAGACGUAUCCACUGUUGUGAUUGUGUCCUUGAAUAAGCCAUUUUAAUUUCCCCCUCCCCCCACCAGCAUUUGUUGGCCCUGGCCUAAAUGAGCCAGUGAGUACUUUUGAAACUAACUGUGGCAUUUUUAGAAUAGUUAUGAUUUUAAAUUGGGUUCCUUAUAACGUGUAAGGUGAUGUGAACUGUUGGGAUGUCCAGCAACAUUGUGGCUGUCAAUAGGGGGUGGGGGGGAACCUACUUCUGUAAGAACUGGUGAUAGAGAAGCCCCACCGCCUUCCAUGGGCCUCCUGGACUGUAGCCAGGUUUUAGAAACUGCAUGCAGUAGCAUCCUUCAUUUUUGUUUCUUAAGUGGCGUGAUUCCUCAGGAAGAUUUCAUGCUUGUUCCCUUACCAGCAUUUUAUGAAGAGUUGCUUACACUGAAUUCUGUUAAAUGAGCGCAGUAGUCUGUCAGAACCAGCGAGCCCACCUCAGCACAGACUUGUCUCCAACUACCCUUUUCCUUACCAAGAAUCUUUACUUUUAAGCUUUAAAAGCUUUUUGUCCAUUAGUAUUCAUAAGCAUUUUAUUUAUGGAUUUUAUUGUAUUUAAUAUUUAAUUUAAGUUGUUCACUAGGCUUGGGUUGUUGUCUAGUACUGAGUCACAGGCAUAUACCAGUGCUAGGUUCCAAUUAUGUUCACCCUUUAAUUCAUUUGAAAGCUCUUCUGGUCAUUGUCAGUAUUACACAUUUAUCUUUUUAAUAAUAAACUGUCAAAGUAGGACAGCUAACAUCUAGUGAUGUUUAGUAGCCAUAAUGAUAGUGGGAUCUUGGGGCAGAGUGGUUCUGUCUGGCUACAGGCUCCUCCCCUGAAGCUCCCUGCCUUUGUACAGACCGCAGCAAGAAGAUGACAAGCAGAGCAUGUAGUGUGGCCUUGUGCAUUAUGUGUCCUGGGGAGCGGUCACAAAUUCCUGCAGCAUUUUCUAUCCAUUAUUAUCUCAAUCCACAUCCUUCUUUUGGUAUGAAAACCUAAAGCAAAAUAGAUUGAGUCACUUCCCAAGUGCAAUAUGAGCUUAGAAUUAUUUUCUUGGGGGGGGGGGGGGGGGUCAGCUGUGGGUUCUUCAGUAGGUAAAUAUUAAAUUCUAAAGGUCACAUGAUCUUUAAACAUCUUCAUUUGCAAGUUAUUUAGCAGUCUGUAAAAUGUUUGUUUCCUGUAGUUUAACAUUCAUCCUGAUGCCUUUUAUACUGUAUGAAAUAUCACAGUAGCAGUUUGAUAAUAAAUGUGUGAAGUUGA